UGGCUGGCGGGCGAACGAGCAGCUCACGAAGCCGGCCUGGAGGGGCGACGCGUCGCAGCGCGGGGCAAGAGUGGACAAAACAGGCCAGAACACGACGAGGCAGUGCAGGAUAGGGCAGGGGAAGGCAGGGCAGGCGACGCGUGCUGGCCCUCGGCCAUGCGUUACGUGCCCGUCAAGUGGCAGGGCGGAGCCUACUUUCUUCUCAAGCUCCGGCCCUCGAAGGCGCGCCGGAAAGACAAGGAGGCGUCGACGCCGUGCCCCGAUGACCCCAAGCUGUACCUGGAGGAGGCCGUGUUGGAGCGCAAGCUGCCCGACGUCGACCUGCGAGUGCUCGUCGACCUGCCCGCAGGCCUCGACUACAACGAGUGGCUGGCCUCGCACACCAUUGCGUUCUUUGACCAUAUCAACUUAGUAUAUGGUACUAUCUCAGAAUUUUGCACUAUGUCAGGCUGCCCAGAUAUGACUGGUCCUGGUCUCAGAACAUACCUUUGGUUUGAUGACAAAGGAAAGAAGACGCGUGUAGCAGCCCCACAAUACAUAGACUAUGUAAUGACUUUUACACAGAAAACUAUUAGUGAUGAAUCAAUUUUCCCCACCAAGUAUGCGAACGAGUUUCCCAGCUCGUUUGAAUCGAUCGUGCGGAAAAUCCUGAGGCUGCUGUUCCACGUGCUGGCGCACCUCUACCACUGCCACUUCCGGGAGGUGGUGCUGCUCAACCUGCACGCUCAUCUCAACUGCGUCUUCGCGCAUCUCACGCUCUUCAACCACCGCUUCCAGCUAAUCGAGCCCAAGGAGACGGACAUCCUGCACGACCUGGAGGUGGCUCUUCGCGUGCACGCCGACUGCCACCGUCCGGCAGCGGGAGCGGGGGCGGCGACCAACGACGACGCGACGGGGGCGGACGAGGCGGCGGCGACAGCGGCGGGAGCAGAGGAGGAGACGGGGGCGGACGCGAACGAAGACGGCGACGCGGCGACGCCUCCCGCGCCCGCCUCCGCCUCCGGCCCUGGUUCCGCCGCACAGGGCGACGCCGGCGCCGGCGCCCGCGACGCCCUGCUCUCUGAUCUCACGCUCGCGCCCGCACCUGCGCCCGCGCCCCCACCUGCCCCAGCGCCCGACGCCCAGCAGGUGGCGUAGGCGGACCCCACACCGGGCCGCGCCGCCUGCGCCACCAGCGCCACCCGCGCUGUUGUUGUUAAAGUUGUUUUGCCCGCUGCGAGGGGAGGAGUAAGCAACGGUCCCGAGUAUGCGGAGGACCUUCUGAGGGAGUUGCACGCUAGUCUUGUAUUAUAGGUUAGAUAAUGAGUUUCCCUUUUGUUUCCUUGGUUGUAUUAAGACUCAAUGUCAGUGUGUCUGUGGGAUUGUUCGGUUCUUUGCACAUGAACUAGAUCUUUUGGAAGAUGAACAUAUUUUGAACCCAUAUAUUCUCUUUGUUUGAAACCGUCUGCACAAUCUGCUUGUGUGAGUGCGGAGCCUUGCAUCAUCAGGGAUGGGUGGAAGGGAGAUGCACGAGUCCAGCUGGUUGUCUGAAUGCCUUGUAAAACCGUCCGGAAAAGGAAACUGGGAGCCUUGGAGUAUACUUGUCCAUGUGUGAUGGAUAAAAAGUGAGAAUCUUAUAACCAAACAAAUAUGCUGUCGUAUGAAAUAUACUAAUUGAAGCAGAUUCACAGAAAAUAAGGAUAUAGAAACUAUUUUUUUUAAAUUUUGGUAUAUAUAUUGAAUUAAUAUAUUUAUACUGUUUUUGUCUGUACUGCCUUUAUUUUCAUAGUUAAGCUUUAUAAAUGUAUGUUUUGUAAAGGGGUUUCUGAAGUAGUGUUGUUAUUCACACAGAUCAUCAGUUUACCUGUGCCCACCCCAAGGGCCAUUUAUGGAUAUGGUUAUCAACAAAACUAUACUCCAGGCUUCCUGCAUUUCAGUUCUAAAACAUAAUGCAUGUUGGUCAAGACUCUAGAGUAUUUCAAAAAGCCAACAAAAACAAAAAAAGUAUUUCAGUUGUGUGGAUGUCAAACUGAGUGACAGCAUUGCAGUCUGCCCUUUGUCAGUAGGUGAUAUUCUUGAAAGAGUUCUCAUGUCCUUUAAGAUUAGCCUCGUUUUUAGAGAAAUAUUAUUUCUAAUUGAACCUGGUUAAGAGCUGUUGAUAUUUUUUGGUAUAUUCACUUCAGAGUAAGUGACAUAGUGGUUGUUGCCUUUUGUAAAUAAAAAAGAAACAAACUAACAAAAAACAAAACAAUAGUACGGUGAAAACAAAAAAGAAAGAGAUUAUCCAGAUAAUGUCUGGUUUGUAUAUAUGUUCCUGUACAGAAUUUGUGUAAUAUUAUGUGUUUGUGCAUAAAAGUGUGUGGAGGUAUGGAUGUUGUAAUGAAGUUUGUCUAAAGGGGGGAAUUAUCCCAUUUUUUAACAUUAUGACUUCAUAUUGGCUGUGGCGUGAUUUUUUGUUUUUUCAUCUCUUCCCUUUUUCCUCUCCUGUUUCUUCUAAUUAUCAUGUGAUAAGGGGGGGGGGGGUGUUGUUAAUUGAUUAUUUAAUUUUUUAGGAGGUAUGACACCAGUUUUUCAUGGUUUUUGAAAUCUGCAGGUGUAUUAAAGUUUCUUCAUAAAAGCUUAUAGAAGAAAUGUAUAUUUCUUGCUACUUGUCUCUGGAAUGUAAAGUUGAGUUUCUUAUAAACAGGUGGGCAAAGGAAUGUGGUUUUUGGCUGUUGGUGUCUUUGAGGGGUUACACUGCAGCUGAAGUGACUUUUUGUCAGCCACUACUUAGAAUAGGACCCUGUGCUUAACUCCUCUCCCUAUCAAUGUUAUAAAUA